UCCCUCCUCAUUUCUCCGCUCAUCUUCUAAACCCCAGUGGACUCUGGCCCAGCUCUGGGAUGACUUUUGAGACCCAGGUGUUUCAGGAUUUGCAUCCUGGCAACUUGUGCCUGCUUCAGCCACUGACGGCUUUGCUGCUGCUGGCUUCUGCAGAUACACGAGCUGAAGAUCUCCCGAAGGCAGUGCUGAACCUUGAGCCCCCAUGGAUCAAUGUGCUCCAAGACGACUAUGUGACUCUGAAGUGCCAUGGGGCCCACACCCCUGCAAAAAGUGCCACCCAGUGGUUCCACAGAGGAAGCCCCAUCCCAGCUCAGGUCCAGCCCAACUACGGCUUUAAGGCUACUAUCAACGACAGCGGGGAGUACAGAUGCCAGACAGGCCAGACCAGCCUCAGCGACCCUGUGCAGCUGGACGUGGUUCCCGACUGGCUCCUGCUCCAGACCCGUCAGCUGGUGUUUCAGGAAGGGGAGCCCAUCAUGCUGAGGUGCCACAGCUGGAAGAACAGGCCCCAGUCUGAUAUCACGUUCUUCCAGAAUGGAAAAUCCAUGAUAUUUUUCAAUAAAAAUACCACCUUCUCCAUUCCACGAGCAAACCACAGUCACAGUGGAGAUUAUCACUGCACAGCAAUGAUAGGGGACAAGCUGAAGACAUCAAGGCCUGUGACCAUCACUGUCCAAGAAGAUCUCCCGAAGGCAGUGCUGAACCUUGAGCCCCCAUGGAUCAAUGUGCUCCAAGACGACUAUGUGACUCUGAAGUGCCAUGGGGCCCACACCCCUGCAAAAAGUGCCACCCAGUGGUUCCACAGAGGAAGCCCCAUCCCAGCUCAGGUCCAGCCCAACUACGGCUUUAAGGCUACUAUCAACGACAGCGGGGAGUACAGAUGCCAGACAGGCCAGACCAGCCUCAGCGACCCUGUGCAGCUGGACGUGGUUCCCGACUGGCUCCUGCUCCAGACCCGUCAGCUGGUGUUUCAGGAAGGGGAGCCCAUCAUGCUGAGGUGCCACAGCUGGAAGAACAGGCCCCAGUCUGAUAUCACGUUCUUCCAGAAUGGAAAAUCCAUGAUAUUUUUCAAUAAAAAUACCACCUUCUCCAUUCCACGAGCAAACCACAGUCACAGUGGAGAUUAUCACUGCACAGCAAUGAUAGGGGACAAGCUGAAGACAUCAAGGCCUGUGACCAUCACUGUCCAAGAAGAUCUCCCGAAGGCAGUGGUGAACCUUGAGCCCCCAUGGAUCAAUGUGCUCCAAGACGACUACGUGACUCUGAAGUGCCAUGGGGCCCACACCCCUGCAAAAAGUGCCACCCAGUGGUUCCACAGAGGAAGCCCCAUCCCAGCUCAGGUCCAGCCCAACUACGGCUUUAAGGCUACUAUCAACGACAGUGGGGAGUACAGAUGCCAGACAGGCCAGACCAGCCUCAGCGACCCUGUGCAGCUGGACGUGGUUCCCGCAGCUGAGCCUGUUAACCGUUUGUGCCACCCAGGAGUCCAAGUGAAAAAUCAGCCAUUGGAAACCCUACAGAGCAUAUUCCUACUCCAACAGACAUGGUCACCAUGAGUCAACUCAAUAGCAACUGUUUAACUGGUAGAGAAAAUACACUAGACACUAUAUCUCUCUCCCCACUCCUGUCAAUGUUUGAAAAUAUGAGUGCAUUUAUACUGUACUUUAUUCCAACUCUACCUUGGUGAAUAAACCCUGAAGAUGGUCACAUGUGAGCACCCAGUGUCUUUAAUUCCCCUGUUUAAUACCAGGCAAAAAUGGCAUGGUGGAGGCAUCUGCCCUCCUCUAACUUCACAAGGGGGAAGGAGAGUCCAAGGCUGAUUCCUAUGAGACAGAGGCCAGACCCUCCAACCUUUUUACCAAUUCUGACACCAACAGUCCCUCCCUCAGCACUCUCUACUUCUCUGCUGGGUUCCAUAAUUUGUUGCAAUGGCUACACUGAACUCACAGACCAUGCUCACAGCUAUGGGGUUCGUUAGAGAAGUAACAGAUUAUAAUUCAGGUUCAGGAAAGCUCAGGACACAGUUCUUUGAUCAAGACAGCCUCUCCUCAGCCACACCCCCAGGCAGGUCUCUCUCUGACCCUGGCCCCUCUGCCCAGCCUCUGCCCUGCUCAGGCAAGUGUUAUAAAGCUCUUUUAGCUCUGCCAAUAAGUGCCCAGACACACCGCACUCCUCCAGUGAACGCUGGCCUGAAGGUGCUCAGCCCUAGCCUUGUGGGUUGGCAAACCUAGCUCCACCAAGCACUUGGAGGCACCCUACUCUGACAGCCAGCCUCCUGACUGAAGGUGCUCGACUUCCUUGCUCCAUGGACUGGAAGUUUACAGCACCAUCUCCUGCUGGUCUCUUAUUGGUCUCCUGUCAGUCUCCUGGUUCUGCUACCUCUGCUUCUUGCCAUCUCUGGUAUUAUAGCUCUCUCUGUUUCCUGGGUUGAGGAGGUUCUCAGUGCAGGGAUCCUGAAUCCAAAGGAUGCACUCUGCUCCUGCCUCUUCUUCUUGGUGGUCACAGGGUCCCCUCUGUCCACCUCUGGGAUGGCUCGUUUUAAGCCUAGCAGGGUGGUGAAACUGACCAAUCCACUUGUUAGGGUUCCAUAUACCUUCUUUGCAUUGUCCCACCCCCAAAAGGGUACCAUGCACCUUAUUUACAUUAUUAGUAGGCUAUCCAAUUCCCUUGGUAGCCCAUAAGCACCUCAUUUGCAUAGUCCCACCCAGUCAUUUGGUGAGAGUUACAAAGACCAUGGCUAGAAGGGCCAUAUUAAGUCUUUCACUGCACUGCAUGCCAGGAGCAUGAUUUUUGUGGUCUUUAAAGACUCCUGUACCAGAGAGAUGCUGGCAGUGGAAUCACUUUCUGUUGAUGGUACUCUGUUGAAAAGGGAAUAAAUGGUGCCUGAACCUCAGAGACCUGCCCAAUAUACAUCAUCUCUUCUCUGCUCACAUUGCCUCCCACAAAACAGCUGAUGCUGCUUCUAGGUUUUCCUGAGAAAGCGUAAAAAUAUAGAUAAUAAAAAUUUAGAUCUGAAGAUUUCUUAGAAAGAAACCACCUAGUUCCAUCCCUCCAUUGUAUAAGAAAUUAAGCCUAUGAGACCCAAAACCCCCAAGUUAAUGGCAGAGCCAAAAUUAGAAUUCUGAUUCCUGUUUUAUGCUCUCUCAACAAUACCUUGCCUUUCAUAUACAGAAUACUGUUUCCUUAAGUAAGUGAGUUUUCAUUUAAGAUAUAAUAAAUUCUAUUUCUUUUUUGUGGUAAAUAGAGCAAUUUAAUUUUUUUCUCUGCUAAGUUUACAGACUUGAUCUCCGAGGUGGCUGAGUUCUGCAAUCUAAUUACUCUGCCACCAUUGAGAUUAGGGGUGGAUGGGCAGCAAGGAGGGGAGAGCGAUUUCAAAUUUAAAAGCUUUAUUUAAUGCUCCUUUUGUCCCGAGCCACAAUUGAACACUGAAUUCAAAAGGUCAUAUAUUUUCAUUCCUUAUAUGGGUGUAGAAAAAUUCCAUUCAGGGUGAGGUCUUCUUAAGGCUCUACUUCACAGCUAACAAAAUUAAUGGCUGCCCAUCCUCACUUCCCAAAUCUCCUUCGAAAGUUACCAUUACUUUAGUAAUCACCAGACCACAAAUGCUGUCUCCGCAAUGAACUGAAGGUUUCACGUCCUGUUCUGUAACCUCUAAGUUACGGAAAUGUGGUUAUUUCCCUACGACAGCAUAACAUUUUUAAUUCCUCAAAAUUGCUACACACACAGCUCCCCCCGCCCCACCCCCCAGUCCCUGCUGUUCGUCUUUGGAACUUCUGCAAAUGUUUAGGCUUCAGAGGUCUCAGAGACAUAAGACCGUAUUUUGCCUGUAAGACAAUGCACACAUCUGCCAUGAAGCAUCUUCAGUUACCUCUGCUGUUCGUCUUUGGAACUUCUGCAAACGUUUAGGCUUCAGAGGUCUCAGAGACAUAAGACCGUAUUUUGCCUGUAAGACAAUGCUCACAUCUGCCAUGAAGCAUCUUCAGUUACCUCUGCCUGACAGCCUUUCAAGUUCUGUGAGUAACGUUAGUCCUGAACAUGAGGCAGUGAGGGCCUUGGAAUCCAGUCUUGGAAUUUUUUCUUCCCAUGUCUGUGUCUUUCAGACUGGCUCCUGCUCCAGACCCGUCAGCUGGUGUUUCAGGAAGGGGAGCCCAUCAUGCUGAGGUGCCACAGCUGGAAGAACAGGCCCCAGUCUGAUA